UUAUGUUUAUUGCAAUACAUUUAUUUGAGGCAACAACAUGCAGUUUGUAUAUGAAAGCUAGUUAGCUGGCUAACAUUAGCUUGCCUCGUGUGGGUUAACUGAGCGACACACACUGAGACAUAACAUAGGCGACACCGGACAAGAAGCUAGCUAUAAUGCCAAGUAGGCCCGCUGCUGUGGAGGUACCCACAGACUUUCAAGCAUUGGUCCAUCGAUUUUACGCCGUUCAAGCUGAAAGGGUAGAAGCGUACAGGCUUUUCGAUGAAGGCCAUGAAGCAUACUUGAGGACCGGGCCCCACUAUGACUUCGACCACUACAGGCAGCUGGUGCAUGAGAUAACGCAGGCUUUCUGUGGCCUCUCAAAGGAGGUGCUAGAGAUCAAGGAGCAGCUGCACCAAGACUUCAACCGUCCAGAUCUCUCCGAACACAUUGACAAGCUGCAGAGUAAAGAAAAGCAGAAGCUUGAGCUGACGGCUAAGCUGCAGCUGGCAAAGCAGAAGGCUCAGGAUCACCCAGAAGACGAGGGCUGUCAGGAGAAGAUCCAGGAGGUCAAGCAGGACAUCAUAAAGAAUAAGGAGGCCCUGAGUGACAUCCUGCAGGACUUUAAAUACGACUCAGAGGAAUCGGUGUGAUGGGGACUCCCAGGAGGCUGCCGCCCAGACAGGGAUUGAUGGACUCCUCUACUGCAACUUCCUCCUUUUUAUUCAUUUGCCUAAGUUAUUGAUCCUUCCCUGGCUCCACCUGACUGCUGCAGUUUCUGCCCAGGGUCAUUCCGUACCCUGCAUGUCUCUGCAUGUGCGCUUGUGUGGCCUUAACAAAAUUGCCUUUUUUUCCCCCUUCUGUGUUGUCUUGUACAUUUUUGUUGUUGAAAAAACUAAUAUUGCCUUAACAACUACUUCAAUAAUCUGAUAAUUUGCUCUAUUUUAAUUUAAAAAAACAUUCCAAGGCAAGUGUUAUUCCUUUAUUGUUUUAUAGACAAGAACGGCCAAAAUAUUUGACAUUUUUAUAAUCAUUAUUGAUAACUGAACAUAACUUAAUGAGGGAAAUUAUUAAUUAGGAUUUCUUAAAUAUUCAGAUACAAAAAUAUAAGCAUUAUAAAAAUGUCCUCAUCUGCACAGUCACUCAGACACAGUAUUUACAGUUAAACAUUAUGCCACUUAUUUCAAUAGAAGGAAUCCAGAGUAGUACAAACCCAAAGAACAAGAAAACACUUCCAUAUUACCAACAAAGUUCAAUUGCUAUGACUGUAUACAAAGCCAAUCCAUAAAAUGGUGUAUUAGCAUUUGCUAGCAUACCAACCACGUUUUUGUCAUUAAAAGACCUAUGCAAUUAAAUUCCA